AUGUCAGACCACAUCCGCGAUGCCGGACGCUCUCCUACAACGGGCGGAGAUGCCACAAAGUCCUUUAAUUAUCCAUACGCCGCAGCACCGGACAUAAUCCGCUCCAACCAGAAAGAUGCUUACUUCCAAUCCGUUCUGCUCACGCAGCUCUCUGCCGUCAUCCGCUCCAUCUAUGGCACCCGAGCAGAGCACAAAUGGAACUCGGAAGCAUCCGUCUUCACAGAGAUGCUCUACUUGGGACUGACCACAUUCCUGGGGAACCGCACGCUGGGAGAGGAGUACUGUGAUAUUGUCCAGAUCGAGACGGAUACUCAUCGUCUGCCAUCUCUAAUCCGUCGGUCUGGAUACAUCCUCUCAAGUGUCCUCCUCCCGUACAUUCUGACACGAUUCCUACCCGCCUUUCGGAAGCGUCUCCGAGCCAAGCUGGAGGUGAAGCUACGGAAAGCACACCACCGUCGGGUCUCAUCUCCCAGCCGUAUGAAGAACCCGCCAACGAAGCGUGCUCAAUUCCAAGACUACGUUCUCAAGAAUAUUGACACCCUUACCUCUCCAGCACCAGUCUAUGCCGUCUCUUUGGCAAUCUUCUACUUCAGCGGAGCGUACUACCAACUCUCCAAACGCCUCUUCGGCCUUCGCUAUGUCUUUACGCGCAAACUCGAAGAAUCCGACCAGAGGGCUGGGUAUGAAGUUCUUGGAGUCCUCCUUGUAGUCCAAAUGGUUGUGCAGGGUUACUUGCACGUCAACUCUACCUAUCAGAAUGUCCAACUCGCUCCAGGACCUUCCCCGACCAACGCCUUCAACGGUGGCUCUGCCGUGAUAGAAGAUGGCAUCGAGAUUGGGACAGAGAACAACUUCUCCACCCCGCUCCUAUUUGAGCCCGCACCACAAGGCACAGAUCCUGAAGUGAUCAAGAAGCGUGUCGCGCAGGUGACUCACACUCCGCUCGUUGCAGGAGGCAAAGGCCAUCGUCACGAUCUCAAGAAUGAGGAAGUCAUGCAGUGGAUUGAGGGUGAUCAGGGGAGGAAGUGUACGCUUUGUUUGGAGGCGAUGAGGGAUCCGAGUGUGACUACCUGCGGGCAUGUGUUUUGUUGGACGUGUGUGACGGACUGGUUGAGGGAGCAGCCCAUGUGUCCGUUGUGUCGGCAGGGAGCGUUGGUGCAGCAUGUCCUGCCCUUGAGGGGAUGA